GGGACACAGCCCAAGGAUGCUGCUGUGUUGGGGUUGAGAGCAGGAGGAGAUUUCCGGAUGGUGUCCCGUUCACCUUCGGGUUGUUUUUGUUAUGACUUGAAGAUCAACAACAGCUGUUUAUAUAUUAGAUCUCAGUCCCUUUCCAUCGAUGAAGACUAAGAGAGAAUCCAGGAGGAAGCGGGGGAAUGCUGCUGCGGCUCGAGGACUUCCCCUCGUCCCGCUCAGUGCUGCUGGAUCAGGGCGAGAGUCGGACUCUGUCCUGCGGACUUUGGUGCUCUGAGAGUCGGCGUGCCUCCUCAGGAAAGUGGCCGGAUGAUGAUUGCGGCCUGGGUGUCUGACUCCUGGUGGAGGAAAACCCUGUAUGUGAGCGGAGGAGCAUUGCUCGCUGCUGCUGCUUAUAUCUUCUACGAACUGCUAUCCAUCAAGAAGGAGCAGGAACUUGACUCUACAGAUGCUAUCAUUCUCCAUCAGUUCUCCCGACCGGUUCUCUCUCCGAGUCUUUAUCCGCUCUGCCUGAAGAUAGAGACCUACCUGAGAAUGGUGGACCUUCCCUAUCAGACUUACUUUGACGGCCGCCUCUCUGCUCAGGGCACAAUGCCAUGGAUCGAGUACAACCACAAACGUGUAUCUGGGACGGAGUUUAUCGUCAAAUUUCUGGAGAAGAAGCUGGGUGUGAGUCUCAAUAAGAGUCUGAGUGCCGAGGAAGAGGCCAUCGCUCACACUAUCACUAAAAUGGUGGAGGAACAUUUACACUGGACGAUAGCGUACUGUCAGUGGGUGGAGAACAUGGAGGAGACUCGCCACAUGCUGGGUGUGUGUGAGCUGCUGCAGUGGAGUGUGUGUGAGCUGAAUGGCAACCUGGUAAAAAGGGAGAUGUACUGCCACGGCAUUGGCCGCUACAACACACACCUCAUCCACACACUGUUAGAGAGAGACCUGCGCACUCUCUCCACACUGCUGGGAGAUAAGAAGUACAUCAUGGGCUCUAAAGUGUCCAGUGUGGAUGCUGCAGUGUUUGGACAUCUUGCUCAGGUCAUGUGGACGUUACCGGGAUCCAGCCCAGAGCGACUCAUUAAAGGUGAGCUGCCGAACCUGGCGCGAUACUGUGAGAGGAUUCGGCGGGAGUUCUGGCCCGAGUGGGUGCUAGAUUAUGAGGAUUUGUGUUCCGAGAUGUGCACGGAUGCUCAUACGCAACACAGCCUGUUCUCCUGCGCCGACACGCUGGACGUGGUGGACACGCACACUCUUUCACACAAACGUUCGCCGGACACGGACCGCUCCGGACGCUCGCUCUCCGACUCCGACAUCGAGGUGGAUGAAUCGGGUGCUGAGCUAAAGGUCAAUGCUUGAAAGACAUUUUACAUGAGUGGAAUUUUUUGCAUCGAGGAAAAGAGUUCCUGAUACACACAUGCAAUUCAUAUCAUAGCUUUGUGUGUGUGUGUGUGUGUGUGUGUCUGUCAUAAUGUUUUUUUAAAUUAAAGCAUCAGGGUUGAAAUUCUUCUGUGAAGGCUCAGUAAAUAUCCAGAAAUAAAAGGUGAUCUUAUGAGUCACUAAAAUGGAAACCUGUCACUCAGACACAGUGGGGUGUGUGUGUGUGUUUGUUUAUGUAUCUGCAUGUGUGCAUCAGGAUUUGCGGUCAUUGUACAGGGUGGACUGAGAUGCUGGACAUAUUGGGCAUCAGUUACUUGGUGAAGAAGUGUGUCUCUUCAUAUCUUUUCUGCCGGUUUUAUCCCAAAACUGAUUAUUUAUUAGAAGUGUGUGUGUACGUAUGGAUGUAUUUUUAAAUUGAUUGAUUGAUUGAUUGUACCUAUGUGUGUCCAGUCUGUUAUUACCUAACUGUAAUAGAUAAUAGUAUAAAAGAUAGAAAGCAUUUUAUAUUAAAUUCACAUGCGCAGAGAGAGAGAGAGAGAGAGAGAGAGGCAGACAGAGGGAAACAGAGCGAGAGAGACAGAGACAGAAAUAAACAGAGAGACAUAGAGGGAGAGAGAGAGAAACAAAAAGAGAGACAGUGACAGACAAACAGAGAGACACUGAGAAUGAGCGAGAGAGAGAGAGAGAGAGAGAGAUACAGUCAAACAGAGAGAGACUGAGAAAGAGGGAGAGAGAGACAGAGACACAGACAAACAGAGAGAAAGGGAGAGAGACAGGCGGAGAAACAGUUGUUUGGCUUUGCAGUUUCUUUUCAUAACCACAAGAUGGCGCUCAUCCCCCUCUCUUUCUGCUUUUAAAUACAAACUUGAACGUAAAAAGUUAUUAAAUAAACUUUGCCACUUCAUAUAAAAUUCUUCUUUUUUUUCUAAACAGUCUAAUGUAACUGUGCACUCCUUUUUUUUUUUUUACUUUAAGCCACCAUUAAACGCCCAAAUCUCUU